AUGCUGAAGCUGGGUGGUGCGGAGGACGCCGCGCAGCUCCCCCUCGGCCGCCCGCGCUCCUGUCCCGCGCCCGCGCCCAGACCUGCGGCCCCCGACGGCUCCCGGGCUGCGGCCCGCCUAAGCCUUGCCUGCUUGCUGCUGCUGCUGCUGCUGACGCUGCCGGCCCGCGUAGACACGUCCUGGUGGUACAUCGGGGCACUGGGGGCCCGAGUGAUCUGUAACAAUAUCCCUGGUCUGGUGAGCCGGCAGCGGCAGCUGUGCCAGCGUUACCCAGACAUCAUGCGCUCGGUGGGCGAGGGUGCCCGAGAAUGGAUCCGAGAGUGUCAGCACCAGUUCCGCCACCACCGCUGGAACUGCACCACCCUGGACCGGGACCACACUGUCUUUGGCCGUGUCAUGCUCAGAAGCAGCCGGGAGGCAGCGUUUGUAUAUGCCAUCUCGUCAGCAGGGGUAGUUCAUGCUAUCACCCGCGCCUGUAGCCAGGGGGAACUGAGUGUGUGCAGCUGUGACCCCUAUACCCGUGGCCGACACCAUGAUCAACGUGGGGACUUUGACUGGGGUGGCUGCAGUGACAACAUACACUACGGCGUUCGCUUUGCCAAGGCCUUCGUGGAUGCCAAGGAGAAGAGGCUCAAGGAUGCCCGGGCCCUCAUGAACUUACAUAACAACCGCUGUGGUCGCACGGCUGUACGGCGGUUUCUGAAGCUGGAGUGUAAGUGCCAUGGCGUGAGUGGCUCCUGUACUCUGCGCACCUGCUGGCGUGCGCUCUCAGACUUCCGCCGCACAGGUGAUUACCUGCGGCGGCGCUAUGAUGGGGCUGUGCAGGUGACAGCAACCCAGGAUGGCGCCAACUUCACAGCAGCCCGCCAAGGCUAUCGCCGUGCCACCCGGACUGAUCUUGUCUACUUUGACAACUCCCCAGACUACUGUGUCUUGGACAAGGCUGCAGGUUCUCUAGGCACUGCAGGCCGUGUCUGCAGCAAGACAUCUAAAGGGACAGACGGCUGUGAAAUCAUGUGCUGUGGCCGAGGGUAUGACACAACUCGAGUCACCCGUGUCACCCAGUGUGAGUGCAAAUUCCACUGGUGCUGCGCCGUGCGGUGCAAGGAGUGCAGAAACACUGUGGACGUCCACACCUGCAAGGCCCCCAAGAAGGCAGAGUGGCUGGACCAGACCUGAACAUGUCAAUACCUCACUCAUCCCUCCACUUCAAACCUCCUGACUCGAAAGCACAAGAUCUUUGCAUGCACACCUUCCACCACCCUCAACCCUGGGCUGCUACAGCUUCUAUUUAAGGACUUGGAGAGUGAUCCAGAGGGACUCUGGUGUCCUGGCUGGUUCCUUAGCCCUUGGAAGGAGUUGACAGGGGACGUAAGAAACUGAGCAGCUCCAACUCCCUGCUCUGGAGGCUAGAAGGGAGAGUGGAAGAGGUGUAGGUGUGAUAUGAGUUGCACUAAAGCAUGUGGUCGAGGCUCGUGUCUUCUUUCCCCUGCACUGGCCUACGGACACUUCUGUGUGUACAAGAGGAAAGGUACCCGGAGAGCGCUUCCUUUCGCUCCUACCUGGCUGAGGGUAGAUAGGACAGAGAUGAAACCACUUAUCUCUUCCCUAGGUCAGUUUGAGCAGACUGUCUGGUACCCUCCAAAAACCUCUUAGGCUACAACAUUCUUUCAUUAUUGAGAGUUAGAUGAGAGUUAGCCACAGUGGACAAGGUUCCAUUCAUAUGCUCACGUGUUUCUAAACUGCUGUGUUUUGUAAGGGGAAAUAUUACAUAACUAUACAAACAUCCAUUCUCUUCCCAUCUCUCUCUCCUUUCAGCCUACAUCAGACAGCACUACUCCCUGGGCUCACUUGCUGCCUGUUUAGAUGAGUGGCAGGCAGUGAUAGCCGUGCCUAACAGAUCAUCAGAAUACCCUGGAACAUCCUGAGAAAGAGUGAUUUAGUAA